ACCCUCGAUUGUGCAGAUGCUGUGUGGCAGCUUUGGUACUGCUUGUCUUCACUUGUCUUGGGCACUCGGCGUGGGAUACGUAUGGACCUGGUGCAUCAGUGUCAGCUUCACAUUGGUGAAUGAUGCGCCACACAUGCAGAGCAAGGGAGUUAUCGCAGUACGGAUGCGUUUCACCGAGUUUCAUGCGAUUAUCCGUGCGAAAUGGCGCGUGCAGACCUCGUUGGAAGAUCUCAGUAGCGGAAUUUGGGAACCCGCAAGCAGCGACCUCGAGAAAAUGAAUAUGCAUAGAUAAGCUUACC